AUGACCACCCAACCUCAAACUGAAGCCAAAGCUCAAACCCAAAGCGAAACCGAAAGCAAGGUGAGUUUGAAGCUUGUAAUAGACCAAAAAGAGAAGAGAAUUCUAUACGCUGAAGCCGAUAAGAAAUUCAUAGACUUCCUCUUCACCAUACUCUCCCUCCCUCUGGGAGCUGUCGUUAAGUUGCUUUCCACCGGCGUGCCACUGGAAACUUGGUCCAUUGUAAAUGUCUACCGCACCCACCAAACCUUAAACCUCAACUAUUUUGCAUCAACCCGCAACAAAGACAUUCUCCUCAACCCCAACCUUCCAUCCGCCACUCCGUCUGAUGAACUCCAAAGCCUCUUGCAAAUCCAAUCUUUUCAUCCACCAACCACCUACUAUACAUGUCAUGUUAGUACUUAUAACGUCUGUCGUUAUAGUUUUAGUGGUACAUAUGGUGCAGUAUGUAGCAGAUGCGGCCAAUCCAUGACCACGAAUGCAACUUAUGUUUACGGAGCUAAAGAAGCAAAACCCCUUGAGAUGGGAGGUUAUGUGAAAGGGGGGAUGGUUACGUUCAUGGUGAUGGAUGAUCUUACUGUUAAACCAAUCUCCUCCUCCAUGUCCACCAUUUCGGUGCUUCAUCAGUUACAUGUGGAGGACGUUGGCCAGAUUGAAGAGAAGCUUAUAUAUUUGGACAUCAAUGAGGGCGUGAAGUUGCUAAGGGCUUCUCUGUGCACAUCAACUGUACUCACCGAUGUGUUUCUUCACAAGAUUGACUUCCCAACAACACCUGGAGAUCAGUAG